CUCCCAUAGCAGAAAAUUAGUCGUAAAAGUGUCACUUUUUGAUCUAACAGUCACUUCGUUUAUGGCAAAACCUUUAGGAUUUUGGUCUGCGCAACAGGUGCUUUGUUAAACGAAAAGAUGAUUUCUUUGCGUAGAGUGAUUGUGCCGAUUGUGCAUCCGUGCAAUCUUGGGAAGUAACAAUUUUUCAAAAUUCACUUGAGGUGGACAAAAUGUUUGAUAAUAUUUUGCGCGAUCCCAAAGCGUUUGUUUGUUUAGUUUUGAUUGGCGUUGCCUCAGUGACUGCCAAACCAAAGCCUGGAGGAGGCUGGUCUAGUGGUGGCGGCGGAGGAGGUGGAUGGUCAUCCGGUGGAGGAGGUGGUGGAGGAGGAGGCGGUGGAGGCGGUGAUGUGCAAAUAGUUAAAAUCAUAACAGAAGGAGGCGGCGGAGGAGGUGGUGGUGGUUGGUCUAGUGGUGGUGGUGGAGGAGGCGGCGGGUGGUCUAGCGGCGGAGGAGGUGGCGGUUGGUCAUCUGGUGGCGGAGGAGGAGGUGGUGGAGGAAGCGAUAUUAAACUUGUUAAAAUCAUUAGCCUGGGUGGAGGUGGAGGCGGAGGUGGUGGCGGUGGAUGGUCAUCUGGUGGUGGUGGUGGUGGUGGUGGCGGUUGGUCUUCAGGCGGCGGUGGUGGUGGUGGUGGUGGCGGAGGUGGCUCAACUAAAAUUAUUAAAAUCAUAAAGUUAGGUGGUGGUGGAGGAGGCGGCGGUGGUCAUGGUGGCGGCGGUGGCGGUUGGUCAUCUGGCGGUGGAGGCGGCGGUGGUGGCUGGCAGCCCUCUGGCGGUUGGGCCUAACUCGUGUUACCAAAAUUUGUACAUAUUGUAAAUAAUUCAAUGUCUUUUUUACAAGUACUUUUUAUUAUUUUUUUGUUUUAUAAAUAAAAAGAAAAAAAUUUAA